UGGCCUCACCGCCGCCAUGGCCGGCGGACGCCGGGGUGUGCAGAUGCCGCAUCUCAGCAAGAUGGAGCGGGUGGUCGUGAGCAUGCAGGACCCCGACCAGGGCGUGGAGAUGCGGAACCAGCGCCUGCGCAUCACCGUCAUUCCCCACACCGUGGCUGGUGAGGCGCCGCCGGGUCCGGGGUUGGUGGCGGCCCUGCCUCGCCUACCCCUGCCCCAUGCCAGUCUCUGGUGUGCAGGCAGCGACGUCGUGGACUGGUUGGUCCAGAAGUACUGCAUCUCAGAGGAGGGUAAGGGGGUUAUCCUGCCCCCUGCCCUCUGCCCCGGGGUCGCUGUGCUGAUGGCCAAGGCUGGGCCUGCUCAGGGCUCACAGGUGUUAAUGUUGAGCCAAGUGCACUGGGGAGGGAGAGCUCCCAAAUUGCUUCUCCCAGGCUUAGCGCUCGCCACCCUGCCCCUCCCGCCAGAGGCCCUGCACCUGGGCACCCUCCUAGUGCAGCACGGCUACCUAUACUCUCUGCGCAGCCCCCGCAGCCUUGUGCUCCGGCCAGACGACACACCCUACAGAUUCCAGGUCAGGUGCAACUGGGAGCAGACGCCCUAUUUCUGGACGAGCACCCUGUGGCCAGCUGCUGAGCUGGACUAUGCCAUCUACCUGACGAAGAAGAACAUCCGAAAGCAGGGGGCCCUGGUCGGCCACGAGAAGGAACACUAUGACCAGCUACACAGGAAGAUCAACCACACGUGGGACCUGGUGGUGAUGCAGGCCCGAGAGCAACUACGGGCAGCUAAGCAGCGCAGGAAGGGGGACAGGCUGGUCAUUGCAUGUCAGGAGCAGACGUACUGGCUGGUGAACAGGCCCCCGCCAGGUGUCCCCAGCGUCCUGGAGCAGGGUCCAGAGCGCAGUUCCUGCACAGCUGGGCGAGUGCAGAUGACCAAGAAUAUGGAGUUCUACAAGCAGGAGAUGGAGCGCUGCAGGAAGGCCCUGACCAGGGCCCGGGUGAAGUCCUCCAUCUGCCUCGAGGCGUACCUGAAGUUCAGCAGCCAGCAUGGGCCACACGACCCCAUCAUGUCAGGGUGCCUGCCCAGCAACCCCUGGGUCACAGAUGAUGACACCUACUGGACCAUGAAUGCACCCAGCGUGGCUGUGCCCACGAAGCUCCGCGUGGAGCGAUGGGGUUUCAGCUUCCAGGAGCUCUUGGAAGACCCUUUGGGACGGGCCCAUUUCAUGGACUUCCUGAGGACCGAGUUCAGUGGUGAGAGGCCCUAUGCCCUGCUCGAGGGCCCUGGGAGGGCACUGCUGCUGAGGACCCUCCGGGUUUCUGCCAGCCCUGGCCACGGCUCGGGUGGGCCUCACCUGGCGUGUGGACCUCCAGCUGAGAACCUCAGCUUCUGGGAGGCCUGUGAGGAGCUGCGCCACGGAAGGCAGGCCCAGGUCCACGCUAUGGUGGACUCUGUGUACCAGCAGUUUCUGGCCCCUGGUGCUGCCCGCUGGGUCAACAUCGACAGCCGGACGAUGGAGCGGACCCUGGAGGGACUGCAGCAGCCCCACCGCUACGUGCUGGAUGAUGCCCAGCUGCAUAUCUACAUGCUGAUGAAGAAGGUGGGCGUGCGGGCCCGGAGAGCGUGGCAGUACCCUGCCCCGUGGGGGCCAGCCCCUCCCCACUGCUCUCCAGUCCACACCUGCAGCUUAGGCUCUCCCUUACAGAGGAGUAAACUGAGGCUCAGAGGGCGGAGGGCUUGCCCCAGCCUCUUGCUUAAGGAGAGGUCCAGUUGUGAUUUUAAAAAGUAUUUUAACGUGGGGGCGCCUGGGUGGCUGAGUUGUUAAGCGUCUGCCUUCAGCUCAGGUCAUGAUCCCAGGGUCCUGGGAUCGAGCCCCGCAUCGGGCUCCCUGCUCGGCGGGGACCCUGUUUCUCCCUUUCCUGCUCCCCCUGCUUGUGUACCUGCUCUCGCGUUCUUUCUCUCCGUCAAAUAAAUAAAUAGGAUCUUAAAGAAAAAAGUUAAUGGAAAAUUCCAAAUGUAAACAGAAGUAUAGUAAAAUGAUGGAUCCUCAUGUUCCUACUGCCUGACUUCAAAAACAGUCAGCUCAGGGCCGGUCCUGACCUCUCGUCCACCCCUGCCCACUGCCCCGACCCCGUGACUUUCAAGCCAUUUUCAGACUUCUGUCUGUGUAUUCAGGAUCCUCUAAAGGAUGUGGACCCCCUCCUUCCCUUUCCAGUGUGACCCCAGAUGCCAGCAUCACACAUGAACACGGGAUAUUUAUUCGGUGUUCUCAAAGAGCUGGUCAGGGUCCAAACUUCCCCACUUGGGCUCUGUGCCUAGUCUCUUGUUGUCGCUGUAACAAAUCACCACAAACCCAGAGCCGUAAGACGGCGACUUUUUAUUCCGUCACCGUGUGCAGGUCAGAAGUCCAACCCGGGUCUCCUGGGGCGGAGGUCAGGUGUGGGCAGCGCUGGCGUCUUCUGGAGGCUCCGGGGUGGGGUAGGGAUCACGUUUCCUGCCUUUCCCAGUUUCUGGAGAGAGUGCCUUCCUUGGCAAGUGGCCCCUCCUGCGUCCUCAUAGCCCCCAGUGGAGCAUCUCCAGCCUGUCGCUCCAGUCCUUCCACAGGCUCCUCUUUGGCUUUUAGGCCCCAUGGUGACACUGGGUCCACCUGUCCAGUCCAGGGCAUCUCCCCACCUCAGUCCCUUUGCCUUGUAAGACACGACCACAGGUCCAUAGGGUAGGGUGUAGACAUUUCUGGGGUCUUCUCUGAAUGCCGCAGCCUAUAAAUAUCUAUUUUCUUUUUAGUUUGCUUGAAUUUGGGUCCAAAGCAAAGUACAUAUGUUAGAAUUGGUUAAUAAAUUUUUUAAACCUCUUUUUCUUUUUUAAGUAGGCUCCACACCCAGUGUGGAGCCAACAUGGGGCUUGAACUCAUGACCCUGAGAUCAAGACCUGAGCUCAGAUGGAGUCGGAUGCUUAACCCACUGAGCCACCUAGGCGCCCCAAACCUCUUUUUUACGUUUAUUUAAUCUCUACACCCAACAUGUGGCUCGAACUCACGACCGUUGAGAUCAAGAGUUGCACACCCUUCCGACUGAGCCAGCCAGGCGCUCCUCUUGAAUCUCUUUUUAAAGUACGGUUUUUGGGGGCACCUGGGUGGCUCAGUUGUUAAGCGUCUGCCUUCGGCUCGGGUCAUGAUCCCGGGGUCCUGGGAUCGAGCCCCGCAUUGGGCUCCUGCUUGGCGGGAAGCCUGCUUCUCCCUCUCCCACUCCCUCUGCUCGUGUUCCCUCUCUCGCUGUGUCUCUCUGUGCCAAAUGAAGAAAUAAAAUCUUAAAAAAAAAAAAUGAAGUAUGGUUUUUGUUUUGAAGGAGUUGGAGGUCCUUUGUCCUGUAGUUGCUCACAGUCUGGGCCAUACUAACGGUGCCCUCGCGGUGUCUUUGGAGUGUUUUUCUGUCGCGUGUGUUUCUGGAUGUUGGUAGUGAUGUUUCAGACUUGAUCAGAUUCAUCUUCAGUUUUAUUGUGUGUGUGUUUGGUUUCGUGGACAGUAUUUUUCCUCAGAGAUGGUGUUCGGUGUGUCCUCCCAUCAGGAGGUACGUGCGGCCCAGCUGUCUCCCAUUUUGUGCUGUGAGCAGCCCCUGGCAGUUGCCGGCCAGACCCGAUUCCGUUUGGGUGCAGAGCUGGCCCGUCCCUGCCUCUGUUGACGAGCUGGCACAUACUCGGAGGGCAUCUCCCCUCGCCUGCUCUUUGUUGCGUGGUUCCCCAGGGAGGGCACAGUCAAUGCCUCAUUCCUUAUUUUCCACUUUUCAGAAUAAUGACUUGGACCCACCGUGUCUGCCAAGGAUGGUCAGUGAGUUGGAGAUGUUUUUAAUACCACAGUAAAUCCAUGCUCUCAGUAGAUGGCGGGUUUCGUUCACAUGGUUCUUACUCUUCCUUGCUGUGCAGAGGGCCCCCCCCCCGCCGUCCCCGCGUUGGCUCCUGAGGCAUUUGAUGUGUUCUGACAUCUGCCGCAGCUUGUCCCAGGCUCCUCCUGCACCGUUCCCGCAGGCAGCCCUGGCCCUUCUAGGCUCUUUGGAAAUAGGGACCUGCGUGCCGGACGAGUUCGUUGUCACCUGGCUUGUUUGCAGGCCUUUCAGUGAAGAGAAUUAGGAAACAGAAGUGUUUUAGGUAGAAUAUAUCAGGAGUUCAUCCUGACACGGCUAAUUCAGAUGCAGGAUUACACAGUUUCCUUCAGCUCUCUUGACUUUCAUCUCUUUCCUCGCUAACCCACUGAAAACCGUGGUUUGCAGCCAGGCUAACAUAAUGGCUCACUCGCUUUUCCUCCCAUUUCACUCAGGAGUCCCAACCGAACGACACAGCACUGCCCUUUACGAUGCACUCACCGACAGUGGUUUACUUUUUUCUGGUCCUGGGGACGCCCCUUGAACAGCUCCGUUGAGUGUGGUCAGGGUGCUGUCACCCUCUGGAUGCCCAGCUCACUCAUUCCUCUUUACCUUUGAUGUAUAGGAAUUGAUUAUUCCUUGUUUUGUUUUGUAAUUAUGUAAAGUAUCUACACAGGUUCAAAAUUCAGUCUACAAACAAGGUACAUUUCAAGAUUUUUUUUUUUUUUUAAUUGAGAGAGAGAGAAUGAAAGCAUGAGAGGGUGGAGGGUCAGAGGGAGAAGCAGACUCCCUGCUGAGCAGGGAGCCCGAUGCGGGACUCGAUUCUGGGACUCCAGGAUCAUGACCUGAGCCGAAGGCAGUGGCUUAACCAACUGAGCCACCUAGGCGCCCAACAAGGUACAUUUCAAAUAAAUCUAGUUAUGUCUUCCCACUAAAAUUAACUGUUUAAUAUUUAUAUUUUUCUUUUAAAAAUAUAAACAGGUUCGUAGAUUUCUCUUCUUUAUUGCAUACCAUACAGUUUUUCUCAACCUUGCAUUUUAUUUUGCUCCAUGUCCUCACCCUCACUCGUGGGGUACACCAAGAACCAGGGGAGGUACUACUUGGAAUUUCCCACUGGAGGUCCCAUGGCUCACUCCUCCGAGUGUGGGCACUGGGCCCCUGCCCACCUUUUGAGGGUUAAUGGCCCCACUGGCUAGGAGCCCAGGUCUCCCUGAGUCUGUCUGACAUGGUCGGGGCAGGUCUGGGAUGGUUGCCUCCAGCACUGUCCACUCGGGGGUCUCUGGGGCUGGCAGGGGCCCCCGCAGUGCCAGGCUAGACCCCCAGCGGAAGCUGGCUGAACGCCAUCUCUUGCAGGACUCCUACCCAAGGUUCCUGAAGUCCUCCGCAUACAAAGACCUGCUGGCAGAAGCUGUGAUUCCCCCAGAGGCCAAGAGAAGGUGAGCUGGGCCGCGCCCUGUGCCCCGGGCAGUGAGGCAGGCGGGACCCACACAACUGCCCUGUGCUCAGGUCCGCUCUCCUCCACAGGGUGUUCCCAUUUAUGCGGAAGCCGCGGCAUUCAAGCCCCAGCCCUGCUCUCCUUCCUGCCUCCACCUCUGGGGAGCCUGUGGCUGCAGCCAGUGGCCCUAAGUGUGGUGACGGGGGCACCUAGGUGGGCAUAAAGCAGGAGGGGGAAGUGGCCAUCCUCACUGCUUGCCCGGGGUCCUCACAGCUUUGAGACCCCUGGCGUGGGCGUCCCCUAAUGCCCAGAGGGCCCGCCUUGCCCCUAUGCCCAAGGGCGUCUUGGGCUCCCACCUUUUCCCUUGUCAAGCCCUCCCCUCCCCAGAAGGGGCUGGGCCAGGUGCUGAUUCCCGGGAAGGGGUGUCAUUGAGCUUGGGUCACCUGGAGAAAGGUAGGAUGAGGUGGGUCAAGCAGAUCAGGCCACAUGAAGGCCCUGGCAUUCUGUGGUCUGCAGUUCAUUAAAUCGCUGGCGAAUACCAGGUGGUUUCCAGCAGGGGGCACUUAUCAUGAGGAACCGCAGGCCUCAGGGCAGAUUUAUCCACAGCCCUUGGCCCAGUGUGACCCUGCAGGGACCCCACACCAUGUCCCCAGUUACGCUGGGGCCGUGCUCAGCCUUCCGACCAGCCCAGAGCUGUCCUCAUGGGUCUUGCCCACACCGUGGCUGUCACUGUGAGUGUCCCAGACCUCAUCCCACAGGGACACCUCCAGCUGGUGUCCUCGAGGCUGGGACUCCUCUGCCAGAGCUGCACAGACAUGACUCCAGUGUCAUCACCUGUGACAACCGGCCCCGGUCCAUGGCCAGGGCAGGUGGAACCCUUGGGGAAGGGGGUGAUGCCAGACCCAGGGUGAAGUACAGUCACUCCUUUGGGGUGCAGCUCUGUCAGGCCAGAGGGGGGUGCCACCCAUCCCACUCCCACCCACACCCGGCCCAGAAAUAAAAGACCCUUGCCCUCACUCUGAGCCCACCCUAUUGUGGUCCGACUUGUGGACUGUGGGUUGAGUGUGUGGUGUGCACGAGUGAGACGUAUGGCACAUGAGGCAUGUGUGGUGUGCAUGAGACAUGCAGGCGUGAGGCAUGUGUGCGUGUGAGGCAUGCGGUAGGUGUGAGGUAUUUGUGGUGUGCGUGUGAGCAUGUGUGUGUGAGGCAUGUGGUAGGCGUGAGGCGUGUGUGAGGCAUGUGGUAACAUGAGGCGUGUAUGUGUGAGGCAUGUGGUAGGCGUGAGGCAUGUGUGCGUGUGAAGCAUGUGGUAGAUGGGAGGUAUGUGGUGUGUGUGAGGCAUGUGGUAGGCGUGAGGCGUGUGUGCAUGUGAAGCAUACAGUAGGUGUGAGAGGUGUGAGGCAUGUGGUAGGCAUGAGGCAUGCGGUUACGUGAGGUGUGCAUGGUGUGUGAGGCAUGCAGUUAUGUGAGGCAUGUGUGGUGUAUGUGAGGCAUGUGAUAGGAGUGUGAGGCAUCUGGAAGGCGUGAGGCAUGUGUGCACGUGGGGCAUGUGUGCAUGUGAGGCAUGUGGUAGGCGUGAGGCACGCGGUGUGCGUGUGAGGCAUAUGGUAGGCGUUAGGCAUGUUGUGUGCGUGUGAGGCACGUGGUAGAUGUGAGGCAUGCAGUGUGCGUGAGGCAUGUGGUAGGUGCGAGUCAUGCAUGGUUGUGCGUGUGAGGCAUGUGGUCCGUGUGGCUUGAGGUGUGAGGCGCGUGCAAGCUGGGCAGUGGUGGUGGACAGUGGGGGGAGUUCGGGUAUCAACAGCAUUGGUCACGGAGGGUCCCACAUCAGUGGGUCCACAGCAGAGGGGACCGAGCUGUCAGGCUGGACUCAGGCUGCAGACUCGGUGGUCUUCGGAGGGGACAGUGGGGAAUGCCGUCUGUGCUCUGGCUGGACAAGGACGCCUGAGUGCUCCAGGAGAGUCAGGAACCUGAGUCCCGGGAGGUCAUGGGGAGAAAGGAGGCUCUUGGUGUUCAGUCCAGCAUCUUCUGGCCAGUUGUGCCCUAAGGCCUGAGUCACAGGGAGCCUGGCAUGGAUCAGAGCCCUAGAGGGACCGUGGGCACGGCUGCUUUAUUUGCAAGUCCAGGCUGCACGAUGCCCACCAGUGCGGGCAUCUCCUGGGCCCGCCUCUAGCUCCUGCCCACGGUCUGAGGACCUGCAGGGUGGUCCCUCCAUGCACUGCGGCGGGCCCUGGGAUGCUGAGGGGCCCUGCUAUGGCCCCUAGCCCUGCCCUACCCCCGGGGAUUUUCAUCUGUGGACUUGUCACUGCAUCCUGUUCCUGAGGCCGUGUGGGCUGGGCAGCAGCUUCUCACAGUGACAAGGGUCCUGCUCCUUGGCAGAGUCCCCCCCCCCCAGGCUCCUGCCACCUGGGCCGCUGCACCCCUCAGGGACCCCUGCUUGUCCUGAUGGGCACACACCCACGUCCACAGGCUAGGUUCCUGACUUGAACCAGGGUGACUGUGCGGGGGGCGGCGGAUCUUCAGACCUGAGCUGCACUUAGAGGCCAUGCAGAAAAAGUCCUCGGGGCCCCAUUUCUGACUGGGCGAGGGGGGGGGACACCCUGAGACCCUUGUAGAGGGUUCCCCAUCUCUGCCAGCAGCCUGGCCUGCACCAAAUCCACUUUACCCCUUUGGAGCAGACACAUGAGGCACACACGUGCCCUUUCAGACAGUGCAAACCAUUUAUUCCGGUUUCUUCCUGCGGGACCCGGGGUCAUCAGGGCACAGUGAGCCACAAGGAGCACCACAGCAAGGCACAAAGGUGAGUCCCGCAUCAGGUGACACCGACUGCUGGGGGCAUCCGAGCACCAGGAGGGGGCCAGGCACCGGCCAGGGGUGUGGGGACCCCCAAGGGAAAAGCAGCUCCAGUGUGUACUGAGGGGGUGCAAACUGACCGCGACGUGCGCCCUCUGGCCAGUUCCUCAGGACGUUCACAGCACACGUGGCCAGCACAGGGACAGAAACGCCCCUGGGGCAUCCAUGAGCAGCAGGAUGGCCUUACAGUGCACGGCAGCCCUAUUCCUCCGCCCGUCAGAGGGGAAUCCCUGGGCAAGUUUCCACUAACCAGGCCAGAGGCUGGAACGGCCUCAAGUGCCCAGCUGCUGCCCUGAGGCCACCCCAGGCCAACCACCCUCCCAGGCCCCAGGAGGGUGUGCAGACAGGAACGAGGGACGGGACUUCUCAGGAUGGGGCUCUCUUCCUGGAACCCCGGUCCCUCCUGCCAAUAUGGACGAGUGAGGGUGGUGCUGUAGGGCCCAGUGAGACUACGAUGAAGGCAGGUGGCCUGGACUGCGACCCCAGUGGGGCAGAGUGAGGACCUGUGGGGACGUGCUGCGCAGGAGGGGAGAGGCCUGGGUAUCCCCUCACCCAUGCGCGUCCCUGCAUAGGACGGGAACCCCAGGAUCAGGAGUAGGGAGUCAGUGCAAACCCAGGGAAAGA